UCCGACAGUCAACAAGUCACCAGAGUCCCCAUCACAGUCAGACUGUUGGGAGAUUUCAUGGAAGAUCUGAAGAACGAUUCAAGUACAACCUACAUCAACUUCACAGAGGAGUUCAACAAGGCGGUGACGUCCAUGUUCAAGGACGUGCAGUCAUUCGUCGGUGUGGAAAUACAGCACUUCAGUGCGGGCAGUAUCGUGGUGGAGUUUGACAUCAUCAUACAGGAGGAGAUCGUGCAGGUAGAUGACGUCAUCGAUGUCGUCAGCGUGAUUGCGUCAGCCCUGGCGUCCUCCAACUCCACCCUAGGGAACUUCACAGUGGGGGAGGUGGCGUUUGUCGCAGACGACAACACGACCAGUGCGGUGACGCCGUGUGACUGUGGUCAGCUGAACUGUGUGAGCGUGUUGGGGGACUGUGUCGCCUUCUGUUCCUCCAACAUUAACUACUGCUUCAACGGAGGCACCUGCAGGUUCAACCGCUCCACGGCACUAGUGUGCGAAUGUCAAGUUACACAAGAUGUGUUCUACAAUGGUGAAAGAUGUGAAAAAGAAGAUCAAAUCACCACUACAGUCAAGCCUUCGAAAACGACAACCUCUCGUCCCAAGAAGACGACUACGCCUGAGGUGUUCAUAACUACGGAGGUUGUGACUUCAGCACCAAGGACAGAUGUUGAGUUUGUAACAGACUUCUUCAUACCAACGAAGACAAACGAAGUUAAAGAUGAAUUUUCAACACAGGAAACUAUCCAGGACACCACGAUCAACAUGGCACAAGGCACGGUAACAGAACUGCUACCGGAUGUCACAGAACAAGUGACGAUGGCUACAAAAGAGGCAACUACUAGCCUAGUUGCUACAAGCGUUGGAACAAGUGAAACAACAACGAAGGGUGUUGAGGACUCGACACAAGUGUCGCGGGAAACAACAGUAGAGUCCGUACUUGUUACAACAGCAGUAAUGGAAGUUCAAACUACAGUCGAAACGUUGGAGGAAACUUCAGCUGUGGCUAAAAUCAGUGAGACCACAUCGUCAAGAUCGCAAACUGACGUACCAUUGAUAACAACAGACACUGUGGAAGGGUCACCAGCCAAUUCAGGACAGCCAGCAACACCCCCGACCACGGUGCAGGUACUGACCUCCAGUGCUGAGCCUGAGUCAACAUCAGUAGUCAUGCCGGAAACGACGUCUGAGAAGCUGGAGACAACUACAGGUGUGACGCAAGCUACGUCCUCAGAUGUCGCAGACACUUCACCAGUGAUGUCACCUUCAACGACUGUAAUGAUUGAUGGUUCAACGUCUACAGCUCAGGCAACAACCUCCACAGUGGUGCAGGAUAUCACAACCUCUGCCGUCAGCCCAGAAACAACUACUGCGGUGGAAGGGACAACGAGCUCUUCUUUCAUUCAGAAAACAACUACUGUAGCGGUGCAGGGCACCACAGCUUCUGUGAGUCAGACGACAUCUUCCGCCGCAGAGCAGGGCACCACAACUUCUGUAGAUCAGACGACAUCAUCCAUGCCAGUGCAGGGUACCACUGCUUCUGUCGGCCAGACGACAUCGUCCGUCUCAGGGCAGGUUACCACAGCUUCUGUCGGUCAGAUGACAUCUUCCGUCCCAGUGCAGAGCACCACAACGUUUGCCACUCAGACGACAUCUUCUGUCCCAGGACAGAGCACCUCAUUUUCAGUCGACCAGACGACAUCUACCGUAUCAGUUCAGGGCACCACAACAUCUGUAGGUCAGACGACAUCUUCUGUCCCAGUGCAGGGCACCACAACAUCUGUCGGUCAAACGGCAUCUUCUGUCCCAGGGCAGGGCACCACAGCUUCGGUCGGCCUGACGACAUCUUCUGUCGCAGUUCAGGGCACCACAACAUCUGUUGGCCAGACAUCGCCCGUCGCAGGGCAGGGCACCACAGCUUCUGUCGGCCAGACAGCAUCUUCUGUCGCAGUGCAGGUCACCUCAGCCUCUGUCGGCCAGACAGCAUCUUCUGUCGCAGUGCAGGGCACCACAGCUUCUGUCGGUCGAACGACGUCUUCCUUCAUAGUACAGAGCACUAAAACUUCUUUGGGCCAAACAUCUUCAGCCGUAGUGCAGAGCACCACAACUCCAGCUAUUCUACAGGAAACUACUUCUGCCAUGGCACAAGGAACCACAACCACGCUGGGUGCGGUGCAAGAAACGAACACCCCACAAACGUUGACGAUCGUCAGCCAGGGAACAAGCACGGCUGGCAAGUCAACUGCAACGCCUUCCGAGGCACAGCCAACCACCUCACGCCAGGACACGACUACGUCUGCUGUGGCAAAAGGAACAACAUCUACCACACUAAGGCCAUCAACACAAAAGCCAACGACAAAAAGUAGCACUACUCAGACGCCUACGUCAUCGACUUUGGAGCCAACACAAAAUAGCACUACCCAGAGGCUGAUGUCAUCAACACUGAAGCCAACAACACAAAGUAGCAGUACCCAGGGGCUAACAACAGUACCCUUUCCAGUGACCACUGCCGUGACUAGUGCCGUGGCGAUAGAAGUCCAGAUCACCAGUCAGAAUUUCACCCAGGAGCUCACCAACAGCAACACGGCUGAGUAUCAGCAGCUGGCACAGGAGCUUAUAGACUACUUGUCACAGCUCUAUGCCGAUGUUCCCGGCUUCCAAGGGAUCGUGAUCAAUGGAUUCAGAGAGGGCAGUGUCAUUGCUGAGUUUGACGUCAUCCUUGUGAGUCAGGAGGCCGUUAGUCCACAGGAGAUCGGCAGUGUGUUACAGACGGCGGUAGAGAACACCGACAACACGCUGGGUAACUUUGUGGUAGGACGACUCAGCCUAGCCGUGGAAGGAAAUUUUACCGAGAUGUCGCCCUGUUCCAACCGCGAGGGUUGUGGAAAUGGCAUCAAGUGUACCAAGAUCGGUGACGAGUGCAUGGCGUUCUGCCGAACCAAUCCUGGGUACUGUUACAACGGCGCACAGUGUAGCGACUCAGCAAACGACCAUCUCACUUGCCUAUGCUCUUGGAACCUCUGGCGGUACUACAGUGGAGAUAGGUGCCAAAAUGUCGAUACCAGCAUCAUUCUCUACAUCAUUAUCGGAUCCUGUGCCGGAGGGCUUCUCAUCAUCCUCACCGCUGCGAGCUGGAUCGCUAUCAUGGUCAAGAGGAGUAGGAACAAGAGCUUCCCACACAGCGUUGGCAAUACCCCGGACCCAGGACGAGAAGGGUCCAUACGGGGAUACGGAUAUUCCAAGGACCCGUUCAUGCGCUCUCUGGCCGAGAUGCUCGAACAGAACGGACAAGAUGGCCAUCAGGUUUGGAAUAAGCAAGUUGGGAACACAAACGAGAGUUUUCUGUACCAGCCGGAAGAUCAGCGGGCAGACCCAGAGGAAGACAGGAGAAUCAAAGAGAAUGAGCAGAACUUGUUAUCAAAGGUGGGAUCUGUGUUAAUGUCAACUAAACAGCUUGUUAACGUUUUACCGAGCAGUCCGAUAGCACUGAGAGGCGAGGCACAGACGGGGUGCACCACUAGUAGCCGGCUACCAGGCUGUGGGAAACGGCUGGAGUGUGAGUGUGGAUGCCGCAAACUGUACUCUCUAGCGGACUCUUGA